AGGGGGUUCAGCUUCGGGGGCGAAGGGGACAACGGAAAAAGGCUCCGUGACCUCACCAGCCACGCGCAGCCAUGUCGGAGGCUGAAUCGGCGGCGGUGGUCCCUGGGCCGGCGCCGGAGGCAGCGGCGGAGCGGAAGCCCCGGCGGCUGCGGGGGCACAAGAAGGGCGCCGUCACCUGCUGCGUCGCGUCCUCCGCCCGCCCGGGCGUCGUCGCGUCCGCCGGCGAGGAUGGAUGUCUUUGCUGGUUUGAUUUGCGCACCAAAGAUGUGCUUUUGACCAUUGAGGCAGCUAAUAAGCCAAUUUCUUCGGUGUGCUUUAAACCAGGAAAUGAAGACUUUGUGUAUGCCUCUGCUGGAAAUGAAAUAUUAUCCUUUGAUGUUCGUAUGGGACCUCAAUCGAAGCCAUUAGAGACGUAUAACUACAAUAGAGAUGAAAUCAAUCAGAUUGCUGUCAGCUCUAAAGGUUUUCUCGCUGCUGCAGAUGACAGUGGGGAUGUUAAGAUUGUCAAUACCACUCAGAAAUGUCUGUAUAAAAGGUUGAGGGAAGCCCACACAAGUAUUUGCAGCACUGUACAAUUCAUUCCUUGGAGACCUUGGACCGCAAUCACUGGUGGCCUUGACUCGAAGCUUGCUGCGUGGGAUUUUUCCAAAGGGCGAGCACUAUUUUCUAUUGAUUAUGGAUCACCUGAAUUGCAAAAUGGCAGUUCUUCCGGUAGUGCAGGGCAAUGUUUCAACCCUGCUUUUGUUCAUUCGCUAGCAGUUUCUGAAGAGGGCAUUUUGGGUGGAUUCUACAAAGUUUGUGCUGUUGCAAGGGGCGAUGGUGCUGUUGAUGUAGUUGAUCUCGAAUAUGAACUGGCACCUGCUAAAUCGAAAGGACCUCCUCGGACAGCAACUUCAACAAUGAGUUCAAAAAGAACUGAACCUGGAGAUGGAAGCAGUAAUCAAAGUCAAGUGAAAAGGAUCCAUCUUGAUUUCACAAUGGGUGGCCAUACUGCAGCUGUGUCUUGUGUAGCAUUUUCAGCAUUUGGUGAGAAAGGAAAGUUCCUUGUUUCAGGCGGCAAUGAUGCAUCAGUGAAGAUAUGGGAUUGGUCCAAAGGAUUUUCUUCUGAAACAAACAGCGAUGCUGAAUUGGUGUUGGAUAUUGAUGUGAAGAAAAAGGUAAAUUGGUUGUGUACUACGCCAACUGAUUCAGAUAAUCUGAUUGUAUGCGACACAUCCAAGGUGGUCAAAGUAUACAAUUUUCGGUAGUUAGAUUAAUGGGGCCCAUCAGCUUGUUGGAUAAUUUUCUGAGAUAGUGAAUGUUGCCUGGCCAUCUGUCUGUCUUGAGUUGGUCCUGACUCCGGUUUCCAGAGACAUGAUGCCAAGCCUGCAGCAGAUAGUUCUCUGAGUCGAUGCUCAAGAUUAUUGUUUAGCACUUUGCAAUAUCAGUUGCAGGACAGAAUGAAGCCGCUAAACUAUUUAUUAUUUUCUUACGAGACAGAUCUUACUUCGUUGUGAUAUUUUUUGUACUUCCACAGGCUUCUAGCUAGACUCGGCAUGUAUAUCUUCGUUGACCGUUGUAUGAUGAAAUGAAUUUAUGGUUUUCAAGGAAAACCUUUGUGCGC